AUGAAUAACUACAUUAACCCUUACAAAGGCGACCAUGGCACACGCAAUAACUAUCAUCCCCAGGCACGGUUCGGUGGCCUUCCCCAUAUGCCAAAUCAGCAAGUAGCCGCGCAGUCAGUCGGCGCUCCUGGCAGCGUUCAAGGCAUGCCCGUUCACAGUUACGCACAAAUCCAGAGCAACGACCCCAGAACUCUGCCGAGUCAGCAGCAGAUGCGUGCCCAACCCACCAGCAGUUCCGGUAGUGCAUGUGGUAUACCGCCCUGGCAUCCUCUAUUCAAUGUGAUAACGGUGCUACACGAUGCACAAUCAGCCCGUAUGAAUACUCAGAACGGACAACAAUAUGGGCCAUUGCAUCCACAACAGCAGAUGAUGAUGCUACAGGAGCAGCACCGUCUGCAGCAGCACCACUUUCAGCAAUAUCAACUGCAGCAAUAUCAUUUGCAGCAACAUCAUCUGCAGCAACAGAGGCUACACCCAGCAGUACCGCAGCAAGAACGAAUGCUACAUCCAGCAGUACCACAGCAAGAACGAAUGCUGCACUUAGCAGCACCACAGCAGCAGCAGUAUCAGUGGUAUACGUAUGCACAACCUCCGCAACUGGUGCCUCAGGAACAGCCAACGCCCCCAUAUUCUUCACCUGCACUUGCUGUAUCGAACAUUGCUACACUAAGCGACGAACUGGCCGCAGCAGAUGCUACUAUGCCUGAAGCCAUACCCACGAAGAAGGCGCGUGGCCGGCCCAAGAAAGCUGCACCUACUGUUCUGUCCCAAGAGCCCAUUACAGAACCAACGGGACAGACCAAGGAGACGACAUCCUCCCAAGUAGAUGACGCAGACGAAUUCGAUCAUCUACCCGGCUACUUCUCGAGGAGUGAAGAAUCGGAACUUCUCGAAUGGGGAUUGCAACAGCAAGCAAAGAACUGCGAAAGCGCCGAAAAAUGGAGUGCAGGCUCGUACGGCGAGAGCACUUGGGAUUAUGAUCUUUUCAAAGAGAGCCCUGAGAGCCCAUGGAAUUAUGACCUCGAAAGGUUACCUCGGUGUCCUUCUCCCGUCGGUGAUUCAACGGAGGAGGUCUGAACUGGUGUUUGGACAUCUUCUGGUUCUGUUUUUGACUCCUGGAAAAUUGGGUUUACAUUAUGGGACGGUUAUCU